UUCAGUGUAAUUCUGGCCUAGUGACAGCAAGUUAUCCGGAAUCAUGAGUUUCACCCUCGAGUGCGCUGAGAGUAAUGGAUAAUGGAUGAUUAAGGAUAGCAAACUGUUGUUUGACGGCUCUUCAUCUAGAAUAAACGAACUGUUACUUGAAAGUAAUGAGGAGGGUGAGGAAUAGGACCUCUCUCGAGAGGGGAUGGGUAACAAAAUAAGGAGUCGUUGAGAUAUAUAGUGGAUGCUGGGUGGAGUGGUGGGAGCUCGAGCUUUAUUUUUGUCCGCAUAGAAGCAUCUCGGUGCGACAACGUUCAUGUUCCGUUCAAGUAAUUCCUCGGUAACCUAGUGAUUCCUCAUUUGCCUGGUGCAUAAGAUAAAUAUUAGGAAAUAGAGGGAAAUAGAGGGAAAUAAAAGUGUCAUGGAGGAGAGUUACGCGGUGCACAGGCGUCGUAAAGCAGCGGCAUCAGCGAGGAGACGUGAUAAAACUCCGGAUGCCGUUCGAGAAGUGGUGGAGGACAUCCAGGGGGAGGAGGAGGACGUGGUGGCGAGAGAGGCGAGAGCACGAAUUGAACGGAUGGUGGAGGAUACGGAGCGAAUGGAGGCACUUGCCAGUGAGGAGACAGCUGGGGCCAAUGGACAGAUUGAUGACAACAAACCUGAGGAGAUUUCUCGACCUGGAGUGACAAGUUCACGGGAUGACGAUGAUUUGGAUGAUUUUAAAGUGACAGAAAAUGUCAGUCAUGAAAAUAGAAUGGAAACUGUUAGACGAGGGAGAGAUGCGCCCCGAAGACGUGCCAAACGAUCGCAGGAGCGAUUGAGCAGCGGUGGAUCGAGCGCUGAUGAUGAUAAAUCCAGCAAGAGCGAGGCUGAGAGAAAUGAGAAGAAGAGGGAGAAGAAGCCGAGGCGACUGAGGAAGGAGUUGUUGCGGAGGGGUGAUGAGGGAGUGAGGAAAUAUUCGAAGAGUGAGGAGCCUAUUGCGCCACCACGGGGGGGUCGAUCUCUUGGGGAGGAAUUGGGAACACGGAAAUACUUUUCGGAUGAGUCCAGGAAGUCCAGGAGGUCCUGCUCUGGGGAGCGACAGCGGGAGGAGACGGAGGGGAGGAAGGAGAGACAGGAGAGGAAGGAGAGGAAGGGGGUGAAGGAGGUGAAAGAGGUGAAGGAGGUGAAGGAGAUUAAAGAACUGGAGGAGGCUGGGGCGGCAGUGGAGGUUUCACAACGCGAUGAACAGCCUCGUCAGGAUGUGGAGAUCUCUCCUCCACGUGUCGUUAAACAGAUUAUUCCAUUGAGCAAUGACUCUCUAAUUCAUGACCUCGAAAUUGCCCAGCAGCAGUACCAGAGACGGGAAAUUGGUAUCCUCGACGUCGGUCUCGACGAUUAUGUCAGACCCAGGGUCGAGGCCGCUCUCAGGAAGCGGAAAAGGCGUAAAAGUAAACUUGAAGUGGAUGGACGUGAAGAAAUACGUGAGGAGGGGGAGGUUGAGGGUGUGAAGGACUCGUGGUUGUGGUCGUGGUUUUUUAAAUCGAGGAAGAAGGAGAAGGUGGAGGAGAAGCCAGAGGAAAAACUCGAGGAGAAGUUGGAGGAAAAGCCGAAGGAAAAGCCGGAGGAAAAACGAGAGAAGCGGAAGGGCCUGAGAGGCUCACGGUUUCUCGAGUACUUGAGAUUAUCGUCUGAUAUCAGGGCUGAGUUCAGGAUUUAUGUCAGUGAAAACCCCAGGGAAACUGACAUCCUGAGGAAACACAGGAACCGCUGUGUUGCAGAACUCGUCCUGAUGAUUAUUUAUUGUGGGGUUGGUGCUUUUAUUUUUCGAUUCACGGAGGGCGCAUUCGAGCAGUUUUACAAGUGCGGGGUGAAAAGGGUGAAGCGCGAUUUCUUGGAUAGCCUGUGGAAUUACAGUCAUAAUUUGAGGGAGGACGACUGGAAGAGUAUGGCCAGGAGGAAGCUCAAGGAAUUUGAGGAGCAGCUUUAUGAGGCGUAUGACGCUGGACUGCAUACUUACAGUGGACAGAAGACCUGGAGCUUUCUUAAUGCUUUUGUUUAUUGUCUGACGGUUAUCACUACUAUCGGGUACGGUCACAUCUACCCGACGACUUCGACAGGACAAGCAAUGACGAUAAUCUACGCAAUUUUCGGUAUUCCCAUGUUCCUAAUAAUCUUGGCAGAUUUCGGUAAGUUGUUCACCAGAGGGAUGAAGUUCCUCUGGGCAUUUGUGAGACGAGUUUACUACACUGGGAGUUGCCGGAGAGUCCGGAGGACUGCCCCAGUUCAGGAGGUGAUGAAGGGAGUUCAAUUAGUGUACGAUUUUGCGACGUUUCGUCGUCCCUCCCAGAUGAAUCCAGAGGAGAUCGAGGAGAUGAGCAGACAAACACCUCAGACCGUUCUCAGUCUCGAUGGAAAUACACCUCUACCUCAACCCGAUACACCGGGUACACCUGCCUUCUCGGCUUUUGAGAUUGAUGACGAAUUCAAUCUGCCCAUUUCCGUUGCUAUAACUCUUCUCCUUGCAUAUAUAUUCGUCGGCGCCACUGCGUACAAUAUUUGGGAGGACUGGAACUUCUUCCAGAGUUUUUACUUCGUUUUUAUUUCCAUGAGCACCAUUGGCUUUGGAGAUUUUGUACCAAAGCACCCUAUAUACAUGAUGUGCUCUAUAGUCUACCUCGUAUUCGGCCUCGCCCUCACGUCGAUGUGCAUCAACGUUGUCCAGGUGAUGCUGUCAGAUUCGUUCAAGCAGGCGAGUCAAAAAAUAGGUGCCACCAUAGGUUUCGAAGUUGCAGUGGACGAUGGAUCGAUACAAACUACUGCACCACCACCGGUUGAAGUCGCUGACGUACACGCAACUAUUAGAGAGGAUGAUGAGUACAAGGACCAGAAGCAAGCACCAAAGGCCAAGGAAGAAGAUGUUGAAUUGUGAAAUAAUAUCAAAUGAUAAAUAAUUCAGCAGCUCUCCCGGCUACUGUGCAAUUCGUCCCACAAUAAUUGACCGAAAAUUUAGCGAUUUAAUAGGUCAAGUCAUUAAAAAAAAAUUUCAUUUAAUACAUCCGGCAAAAGAUCAUCUGAAUUGAAAUCAAAUUGGCCUUGAUUUCAGUGGAAAAUAAAAGAAGAAAUCACAAAUUUGUGGAAAAAGAUCACAAAACAAAAUCAUUUAUAAAUAACUGCUUUUGAGAGCAUCUCGCGAUAUUUGUCGAUAAAAAAUCAAUCUCUAUUUAUGCAUUAUUAUAAUAAUUGAUAAUUUAAUGAAUCAUUCAUCAAGUUGUUAUGUAUUUAUUUGUUUUUUUUUGUUGUGAAUUUGUAUUAUUUUCAGGUGAUGGGACAAUUUUGGAGAAAUAGGAUCGUUGGAUUAAUUAAUAUUAGAUAGAUUAGAGUAUUCGUCUAAAGGAUGGGAAUUCAAUAAUGAAGUUGUAACAAUUCGGUCUCUUUCCUAUUUGAGUUCCGGGGAAUAUCUCUGGAUUUAGGGGAGAUAGUAAAUUUUUUUCACGACCUUUUUUGUAGAGUCAAAUGAGGGGAACAAAAAGGUUUCGCGAAAAUUUUACAAACAGAUAUUCCUUGAACGCUCCACUAGAGAGGAAAUUCUUCGUUAUUGAAUUCAACGCGCAUUUCAUGGUUUUACGAAAUAAAUCGCGAAUAAUUAGUGGUCAUCACAAGCAAAGCCAACGAGAUUUCUCCGCCAAUGAUUAAUAUCUUUACUAAUUGGAGAAGGCGGAAUUCUCAAAUGCAAUUAAAUGCCUAUGCUGUCUACUGCAGGGAAUGCAAAAUCUUGUGCCUUUUAAUAAAGAAUCCAAAAAUGUC